AUGCCUGACCUGCUUACACACUCCUGUCUUCUCUCCAUCUGUGUCCAGACUUUCUUCGUGACGAAUGCACCACUGACAACUGUGGCAUUGCCCAACACGACACACGACACAUUGCCCAACAAGCUUUGUUGGCCUUGUGGUGUGGUGUUCAUCAAAGCUAACCUUUUGGUGUUUAACCAUAUGAACUCUUCAAACCCCCCAUCUCCCCUUCCCUCUCCACCUCCCCUCCCUGCCAACCCGUGCUCCCCUCCCCUCUCUCCCUCUCAUCAUACUCAAUCUCCACCCUCCAUCUGCCAGUAUCAUGCCCGGCCAUGCCCUGUCCAUAUGGAUACCUUUGUGACACAUCUGGACUUUAUCCGCACGCUCCCUGCCAAAGGUCAUUGCAUUAGUGGCGAUGUUGGUUGCUUUCUCUCCCCUCUCCCCCUCUCCCCCUCUCCCCCUCUUCCCACCUUCCCCUCUUCCCCUCUCCCCCUCUCCCCCUCUCCCCCUCUCCCCCUCUCCCCCUCUCCCCCUCUUCCCCUCUUCCCCUCUUCCCCUCUUCCCCUCUUCCCAUCUUCCCCUCUUCCCAUCUCCUGUCUCCCUCCAUCCAUCCAACAGGCACCUCGUAAGUACUUCUCCUCUUCCCUCCCCCUGGAUUGUCCUCUUCUCUCCCCUCUCAAGUCGUUUCUUUAUCGAUGCCUAUGCAAACCCGUGGUCGAUGUGGGCAAGGUAGCAUCUCAAAUCAACCAUGUGCCAGCGUCCCCCUUUCUCUCCCUCUCUCUCCCUCCCCCGUCUCUCCCUCUCCCUCUCUCCCUCCCUCUCUCCCUCUCUCCCUCCCUCUCUCCCUCUCUCCCUCCCUCUCUCCCUCCCUCUCUCCCUCUCUCCCUCCCUCUCUCCCUCCCUCUCUCUCUCCCUCCGUCUCCCUCUCCCUCUCCUCCCCAUUAA